AGUUGUGACAGAUUUCAGUAUAAAAUUGAAGAUAGGUCGCCUAGUAAUUUAAAUUCUACGAGAAAAAUUAUAGAAUUGAUACAUAUGUAUAUUAUAAUGUAAUAAAACCGUGUAUAACUGAAGUAAAUAUUCUUUAAUUUUAUAGUCUUAAGAAUACAAAAUGACAAUUUAUAAUUUAUAUAUAUUUGAUCGCUAUGGUACUUUACUGUACUAUGGGGAAUGGAACAGAACUAAACAAGCGGGAAUGUCGCGAGAGGAGGAAGGGAAACUAAUGUACGGAAUGCUCUUUUCAAUCAAAUCAUUUGUUGCCAAAAUAUCGCCACUAGAUCCCAAAGAUGGUUUCCUGAACUACAAAACAUCUAAAUAUACAUUGCAUUAUUUAGAAACUCCUUCAGGAUUAAAGUUUGUUAUGAACACAGACAACCAAGUGCAAGGAGUCAGAGAAUUGUUAAAGAAAAUAUAUGCAGAGAUCUACGUUAAAUAUAUAACUAGGAACCCUUUGUGCGGAAUCGGUGAACCCAUAACAAGUGAACUCUUCAAAACUAAACUGGAUGCAUUCAUCAAACAAGCACCGUUCACCGCAGCACGGGCAUCUUGAUAAAUAUAUUAUGAUAAAAUUAAUUUAAGAACUAUUAAGAUAUAACUUUGUGUAUAUAAAUAAACUUAUAAACAUCAUCAGAACUCGAA